CUGUCGAUUGCCAUGCCUGACGACCCUGUGUACACACCGCAUCUCCUCAGAUUAUUCAGGUCGCAUGGCCUACCGCCAGAGCACAACUCAUGUGCUUAGGUAUGUGUAUCCCUUCCCGAAUUGUGCACGGUAAGACAAAAUGGAAUCCAUCUCGAAGAGCAGCCAGCCGGGUCCGUACGAACUCGUGUCUUCUGCAGAUGCUACUUUUUCUUUUUUUUCUUUUUUUUUUGCUGUUCCUCCUGAGUAACCCACAUACCGACUCAAUCGCCGAUGUAAUGUGCACACCUGUUCUCGUGUUUGAGAUACAUUGCUAGGCGGAAUCUAACCCGUAGUCAGUAGUAUGUGGGGGG